GUGGGAAGCCCAAGGUUACUUCAAGCCUAGCUUUGAUCGGGGUGCAGACCCUUUUGUCAUUCCGAUGCCACCCCCAAAUGUUACUGGAUCACUACAUAUGGGGCAUGCAAUGUUUGUGACUCUUGAGGACAUAAUGGUCAGAUACAACCGUAUGAAGGGAAGGCCUACUCUUUGGAUUCCGGGCACCGAUCAUGCUGGUAUUGCAACUCAGUUGGUUGUGGAAAAAAUGCUUGCAUCUGAAGGCAUCAAAAGGGUUGAACUUGGUCGAGAGGAGUUCACUAAAAGAGUUUGGGAGUGGAAAGAAAAGUAUGGUGGUACAAUCACUAAUCAGAUAAGGAGGUUGGGUGCAUCAUGUGAUUGGACGAGGGAGCAUUUCACUCUUGAUGAACAGCUAAGUCGAGCAGUGGUUGAGGCAUUUGUAAGGCUUCAUGAGAAAGGCCUUAUUUAUCAAGGAUCUUACAUGGUCAACUGGUCACCGAACCUUCAGACAGCAGUAUCUGACUUGGAAGUUGAAUAUUCUGAAGAACCUGGUACUUUGUUCUACAUCAAGUAUCGUGUUGCUGGUGGUUCAAGGGAUGACUUUCUGACGAUAGCAACAACACGUCCCGAGACAUUGUUUGGUGACACAGCCAUUGCAGUGAACCCUGAGGAUGAACGUUAUGCCAAAUACAUAGGCAGACAGGCAAUUGUACCUUUGACAUUUGGUCGGCAUGUUCCCAUUAUCGCUGACAGAUAUGUCGAUAAAGAAUUUGGAACUGGAGUUUUGAAAAUAAGCCCUGGACAUGAUCACAAUGAUUAUCAUAUCGCAAGGAAGCUUGGCCUACCAAUACUCAAUGUUAUGAAUAAAGAUGGUACUCUGAAUGAGGUUGCUGGACUGUACUGUGGGUUAGAUCGAUUUGAGGCGCGAAAGAAGGUUUGGUCUGAUCUUGAAGAGGUUGGUCUGGCAGUAAAAAAGGAAUCUCAUGUGCUACGAGUUCCUAGAUCCCAGCGUGGUGGUGAAGUAAUAGAGCCACUGGUGAGUAAACAGUGGUUUGUUACUAUGGAGCCAUUAGCUGAGAAGGCCCUUCAUGCUGUUGAAAAAGGACAAUUAACCAUUCUUCCUGAGAGAUUUGAAAAGACAUAUAAUCACUGGCUGACGAAUAUCAAAGAUUGGUGUAUAAGUAGACAACUAUGGUGGGGACAUCGAAUUCCAGUUUGGUACAUUGUUGGUAAAGAUUGUGAAGAAGAGUACAUUGUUGCUAGAAGUGCUGAAGAAGCUCUUUUAAAAGCCCAUGAGAAAUAUGGAAAAUCAGUUGAAAUAUACCAAGAUCCUGAUGUUCUGGAUACAUGGUUUUCAAGUGCAUUGUGGCCUUUUAGCACCCUAGGAUGGCCGGAUGUGUGUGCUGAGGAUUUCAAGAAAUUUUAUCCGACAACCAUCCUUGAGACUGGACAUGACAUUUUGUUUUUUUGGGUGGCUCGGAUGGUCAUGAUGGGGAUUGAGUUCACUGGGAAUGCACCCUUUUCUUAUGUUUAUUUGCAUGGGCUUAUCCGUGACUCUCAAGGGCGAAAAAUGUCUAAAACAUUGGGAAAUGUUGUAGAUCCCAUCGAUACUAUUAAGGAAUAUGGUACAGAUGCGUUGCGAUUUACACUUUCUUUGGGCACUGCUGGUCAGGACCUUAAUCUGUCCACCGAGAGAUUAAUGUCAAACAAGGCUUUAACUAACAAACUAUGGAAUGCUGGCAAGUUUAUUUUACAGAAUUUGCCAAACAGAAGUGAUGUCUCUGCAUGGGAACAAUUGUUAGCAUAUAAGUUUGAUACAGAGGAGACACUUCUUGAACUUCCAUUACCAGAGUGUUGGGUGGUCUCAGAACUUCAUGAACUAAUUGAUAUUGUCACCACAAGCUACGACAAGUUUUUCUAUGGAGAUGCUGGUAGAGAAAUAUAUGAUUUCUUCUGGGGUGAUUUUGCUGAUUGGUAUAUCGAAGCAAGUAAAACUCGUUUUUACCAUUCUUGGAGCAAUUCAGUUGCUUCUGUAGCACAGGGUGUUCUUUUGUAUGUCUUUGAGAACAUACUGAUACUGCUGCAUCCAUUUAUGCCAUUUGUCACUGAGGAACUAUGGCAGGCAUUGCCAUAUCGAAGGCAAGCACUUAUAGUGUCCCAGUGGCCUCGGACUUCACUUCCAAGGGAUGCCAAGUCCAUCAAAAGAUUUGAAAAUUUACAAUCAAUGAUUAGAGCUAUCAGAAACGCUCGAGCCGAAUAUUCUGUUGAGCCUGCUAAACGAAUAUCUGCAUCUAUUGUUGCAAGCACUGAUGUCCUUGAUUAUAUAUCAAGUGAAAAACAAGUAUUGGCUUUAUUAUCCAGGCUAGAUCUGCAACAUGUUCAUUUUGUCGAAUCUCCUCCAGAUAAUGCAAAGCAAUCCGUCCACCUUGUGGCUGGCGAGGGUUUGGAGGCAUAUAUUCCUCUUGCAGAUAUGGUGGAUAUAUCAGCGGAACUUCAACGACUUUCAAAGCGCCUCUCUAAAAUGCAAUCAGAAUAUGAUGCACUUGUUGCUCGUCUGAAUUCUCCUAGUUUCAUAGAGAAGGCCCCUGAGGAAGUUGUCCGUGGGGUUCGAGAGAAAGCAUCUAAUGCAGAGGAGAAAAUAACCCUCACAAAAAACCGUCUUGCCUUCCUGCAGUCAACAGUGUCAUCAUCAGUCUAAAUUGUAUUCACCCUUUAUGUUAAUCUUCUGCUUUUACCAUUAAAAAUGUCGAUUCUUUGGUUCAAGGCUGUCAAUGCUGUCAUCACUGGACUAAACCUUGCCACUUUGCGUGUUCUUGGAAUGACAAAAGUAGAGCGUGAAGCAGCCAGUGCACAUCCCUGUGUGUAAAGUUGUUCCUACAGCGGAUGUAGGAUUUUUGUUUUUUUGUUUUUUUACUUUUUCCUUCCUGCAGUCCCAAGAUUUUCUGUGCAGCUAUCAUGCAAAAAUUGUUGUAACUUAUAAUUUAUUUACCAGGACAACUUGUACGAGCUUUUAUGGUGCCAAGGUUCUGUCGAACAUCUCGGUUGCUAGUAUCAUUAUAGUUCAUGAUUCUUGUGCAAACACAUUUUUUUGGGUCUACCAAAUUCAUUGAGCUUUAUGAA